AUGGGCGUCCCUGAAGACACGAAAGUUGCGACCGCAAGUCCCGCCUCUGACGAGGCCGCGGAGGUGGGCUCCGUCAGAGAGCUGAAGACUCUACAUGUCGAUGGCGUCGAUCCCGUCUUUGAGCACCAAGCCAGGCUCGUGAAUCAUGCGGUCCAGUCUAUCGGCAUGGGCAAGUACCAAUGGGCUUUGUUCUUCCUCUGCGGCUAUGGCUGGUUGUGCGAUCAGCUUUGGCAAACGACUGUAUCAGACGCGCUUGGUCAAGUAGCAGUGGAAUUUCAGCCGCAGCACUCGGCCUUUCUGUCCCUUGCUCUGAUUGCAGGUCUUGUUGUGGGAGCCUCAUUCUGGGGUCUUGGAUGUGAUUUGAUUGGAAGACGACUCGCAUUCAACUUGACCUUGCUGAUUGCCGGAGUCUUCGGGACUGCUGCUGGCGCGGCCAACAGCUUCGUCAGUUGCGCCGUGCUUGUCUCGUUCUGCGGCUUUGGGGUUGGAGGCAAUCUGCCCGUUGACUCCGCCGUGUUCCUCGAAUUUCUGCCAGGCACCCAUCAAUAUUUGCUCGAGAUCUUGGCUGUUUGGUGGUCAAUCGGGCAAGCUAUCCCAGCAGGGGCGGCUUGGGGCUUCAUCAGCCGUUAUUCCUGCAGCGAGGACACCCCAGCGGGACAGUGUCAGAAGAAGGACAACAUGGGAUGGAGAUAUCUUAUGUACUCGAUGGGCGCCAUCACGCUGGCUGCUUUCUUUCUGCGCUUUGCCUUUUUCCGACUGCGCGAAAGCCCUCGGUACCUAAUCGGUCAAGGACGGUACCAAGAAGCCAUUGACGUGCUGAACGACGUUGCAAAAUACAACGGCACCACACAACCACUGACAGUGGAGGAUCUGCUGCAGGUCGAGAGAGAUUAUGCCGUCGCGGGGCACCCAGCGGCUGUGAACAGGCCGACUGCCUGGCAAAGGACCAUGGCCCAAUUCAAACCAGGUGGCUUCAAGCACAUCCGAGCGCUGUUCUCGACCAAGAAAGUGGCAUACAGCACAAGUUUGAUUAUUCUGGUAUGGGGCAUGAUAGGUUUGGCUUCACCAUUGUAUGCGAAUUUCCUUCCCCAGUAUUUGGCGCUGCACGGAGCCCAGGCUGGGUCCAGCAGCAUUGCCAUCACAUACCGGAACAACUUCAUCAUCAUUGCUUGCUCGAUUCCUGGCACGCUGAUGGCGGGCUGGUUCAUUGGCUUGCCCAAAAUUGGCAGAAGAGGCACUCUUGGCAUUGCUCUGAUCCUUACCGCGGUCUUCCAAUUCGCCUUCACCACAGCCAGAACACAGGCUUCCAUUCUGGCCUUCAACUGCAUCACCUCCUUCGUAUCGUAUAUCAUGUGGGGAGCCUUAUACUGUUAUACACCUGAGGUCAUACCAAGUAUUCACCGUGGCACGGGAUGUGGGCUGGCCUCAGCCUUCAAUCGAAUCUGUGGUCUUCAGGCACCGAUUAUCGCGACGUAUGUGGGGUACAACAACAAGCCGAUUUUCGUCUCGGCGAGUCUGUACAUCGUGGCCGGCUUCAUCAGCUUCAUUUUCCCCUACGAGACCAGCGGAAAGGCAAGUCUUUGA